CCGUUCCGCCGCUCCCCUUUUCAAAAUUCGAACCCCUCAUCGCCUCCUCCAAUUCUUGGACGUGUCGACGCCUCGUCGCCAGCUUCCUCGCCGAGAAUCCCCUCUCCCAACACCACCCACCGACCCACGAUACCCUCGCCUACGAUGGCGCGUCCGGAGUGGAGCAUGUCCGACUUCGAGAUCGGCAAGUACAUCGGCGAGGGCAAGUUUGGCAAGGUCUACCUCGCCCGCGAGAAGCAGAGCGGGUACGUGGUCGCGCUCAAGGUGAUGUACAAGGCGAAGCUCGAGAAGUACCGCUUCCACGCGCACCUGCGACGGGAGAUCGAGAUCCAGCACGGCCUCGACCACCCCAACGUGCUCCGCCUCUUCGCCUGGUUCCACGACGACGAGCGCGUUGUCCUCGUGCUCGAGUACGCGGCCCGUGGCGAGCUGUACAAGGUCCUUCGCGCCUCUGGCCACUUCACCGAGCGCACUGCCGCCACCUAUGUCGCGAGCCUCGCCGCUGCACUGGCGUACUGUCACAAGAAGCAGGUCAUUCAUAGAGACAUCAAGCCAGAGAAUUUGCUACUUGAUAUCGAGGGCCGAUUGAAAAUUGCAGAUUUUGGAUGGGCAGCUCGAUCAAAUGCUAAACGACACACACUCUGUGGUACAAUCGAUUAUCUGGCACCAGAGAUGGUAGAGAAAAAAGCUCACGACCAUGCCGUUGACAACUGGACUUUAGGAAUUCUGUGCUAUGAGUUCUUAUAUGGUUCACCACCUUUUGAAGCUGAUGAACAGGAUGAUACCUUGAGAAGGAUAGUUACAGUGGAUUUGACAUUCCCUUCAACUCAUUACGUAUCUGCAGAGGCUAAGGAUCUCAUUUCCAAGCUUCUAGUAAAGGAUUCAAGCAAGAGACUUUCUCUUGAAGACAUUAUGAAGCAUCCAUGGAUAAUAAAGAAUUCAGAUCCUUCAGGGAGUUGCGUUAAGCAAAAAGGCACCUCAAGAAACUAAGUCUGUACUCCUGGGAAUCGGCCCGUUUUUGGCGAAAGACUUGUUUGCCAGUAGCCGAACUCGUCGCUUCUGGAGGACAAACAUGAUGCCGCUUUGGGUGUUUCUAGUCUAGUCUUUCUGGAGUGGGUAUGAGGUAGGCUUACGUUUUGUUUAGUGUUUGCUCUAAGUCGAAGCUGGUCAAUGGAGAGGAAUGUUUUUUAGAUGGAAGAGGAAUGUGGUGUUACUUGUGGCGACUUUAUUUCUCUUUGUUGAACUUGCAGCUUCUUGUGUU